AUGACAGCUUCUCCUCCCGCCUCCCCGGGUCCUACCCCACGGCCUAUCAGUGCCGUAAUGCGCACACCACGAAGCCACAGUCGCAUGAGCGUGAGCAGCAAGCAUGGAGGAAGCCGCGCAUCUGACGAAGAUGGCAAGACUGCGGUCAAAGUUGGUAUGUUUAGUUCCCUUGGAAAUGCUCCUGGACCGGCUUGUCAGGCUCGCACAACAGCGGCAGCAGCUGUUCGAGUUCGACCGCCGCUCAAUCCCAAUGAUCCCGGUUACGAGUUGAUUCCCCAGCGAUUUCAGACUUCGAUGGUUCACGUUACUACGCCGACAAGUUUAGCUGUGGACGUACCUCAGGGACGCAAGCUGUUUGUAUUUGAUAGAGUUUUUCCGGAAACUGUUGACCAGGAGGGCAUCUGGGAAUACCUGAGCGAUAGUGUCAGCUCAUUCAUUCAGGGCUACAAUGUUUCGAUCCUGGCCUACGGUCAAUCCGGCGCUGGAAAGUCGUAUACUAUGGGCACGACGGGCCCGAGUGAACAGGAUGGAAACACAGGCAUAAUCCCUCGCGCAGCUCAGCUCCUGUUCGAAAAGUUAGACGGUCCCAAACAUAGUCGCAACGGCUCCGUCCCUAUAAGCGGUCUCCGAACACCGCAGCGAUACUCCAUAUCCUCAGCUUCAAGUUUCGUGAAGCCGAAUGCCGAGAAGGAGAAAGAAAAAACUUGGCAACUGAAGGCCACAUAUGUAGAGAUCUACAACGAGCAACUUCGUGAUCUGCUUCUUCCGGAAUCGACCCCUCACAGUGAUCGUAGCAAUGUUACCAUCCGCGAAGACACCAAAGGACGCAUUAUUUUAACCGGACUACACCAGGUCAACAUCAACUCCCUUGAAGACCUGGUAGCAGCGCUCAACUUCGGAUCCACGAUUCGCCAAACCGAUUCCACUGCCAUAAACGCUAAAUCAUCUCGAUCGCACGCCGUGUUUAGCUUGAACCUCAUUCAGCGCAAGAGCUCAAUAGCACCGCCCACUACACCAGAGAGGAAACGCAUGUCAAUGCCUCUCGAUUCAUUUAUUAGCGGAGAUUCUGUGACCAUGGAUAGCAAGCUUCAUUUCGUCGAUCUUGCGGGUAGUGAACGGCUCAAGAACACGGGGGCUUCGGGUGAGCGCGCUAGAGAGGGUAUUUCCAUCAAUGGUGGUCUUGCAGCACUCGGCAAAGUCAUCUCCCAAUUAUCGUCCCGCCAGGCUGGAUCCCACGUGUCUUACCGCGACUCAAAACUCACUCGCCUGCUUCAGGAUUCACUCGGUGGCAGCGCAAUCACCUACAUGAUUGCAUGUGUCACUCCCGCGGAGUUUCACUUGAGCGAGACAAUCAACACCAUCCAGUAUGCACAGCGAGCUCGGGCUAUUCAGAGCAAGCCUCGAAUCCAACAGGUUACCGAUGACAGUGACAAGCAGGCCAUGAUUGAUCGACUGAAAGCAGAGGUCGCUUUCCUUCGGCAGCAAAUCCGCAACUCUGAAGGCUCUGAGCGCCGUGAAAUAGCAAGCACGGACCGCGGCGAUCGAGACAACGAACGGGAAAUUCAUCUGCAGAACAGAUUGUUGGAUGUUCAAGAGAGCUAUAACGCUCUCACCCUUCGCCAUACUAAAUUAAUCUCCACUCUCACUGGUGAUUCAGAGGCUACCCAAAGCGAGAUUGAGGAUGCCUCGUCUAGGGUUCAUGCACAGGAUUCCGUCGAGCGAAUGAAACGAUCCCGCUCCUUCGCGGACUCCGUGGAGCAGGUCGUUCUCGAGUAUGAGAAAACGAUUCAAAGCUUGGAGGCUUCGUUGUCUGACACCCGAUCUUCCCUGGCUACGAUUGAAAGCUCCUUACUAGAACGCGAGACUAAGUGCACAUACACCGAGACUGUUAAUGCGCAACUUCAAUCCCGCAUUCAAAAAUCUGUGGAUCGUGAGGCUAGUACAGAGACCUAUCUGCGUGAAUUGGAGUCCAAGCUUGAUGGUGCCUCUUCUGGAGAAGAACAACAUGCUACUGUCGUGGCUGAUCUGCGAAAAGAGCUGGCCCGCGCGCGUGCAAAUGAAAGUAGUUGCGAGGAGUACAUUGCUACUUUAGAAGAUCGUCUUGCCGAAGCUAAUUCCGAUAUGGAGCUAAUGCAUCGUGAAGUGAACCGCUUGGAGCUUGUUAUCCGGCGUCAGCGCGGUGUUGGAAACCUAGACGAUCUUCUCCAUGAUCUCGAUCAUCGACACAGAGUCUUACAGGGUGACCAGCAGGCAACGUCCGAUUCCACAAAUGGUGCCUCUCAGCUUGGUUCUCAUUCUCCCUCGCCUGCUCCCGCGCCCAUCAGGAUUCCACACCGCCACACGCCUUCUUUAAAUGUUUUGAAUGAGGCUGUUGAGACCGCCAUUCCGGAGUCCGACGAAGACCUUGCUGAAGGUAUUACUCAGGACGGUGAGGCUGCGCGGGACGGUAAAAAGGGCUCUGAUGAUGAUCUUGAGCUUUUGCAAAUUGCAACUAACAAGCUAGAAGCCCGUCGCUCUGAAGCAAUGCUUGAGCAGCCAGCUACUAGCCCUGCGCAAUCCAAAUUUGUUGCUGACAAACUCGAGUCGGUCAGCCAGGAACUUUAUGAUCUUCGUCUUCACCAUGAAAGUGUCUUGGGUGAUUACGACUCGCUUGAGGCCAAGUAUGAAGAAGCCUUGAAGGCUCUCGCUGAGCUUCGACAGGAUAAAGAGGACGAAUCCAGGCACUCCGUCGUACCCGUGCAAACUCGACCCAUUUCUUUUUUAGAGGAUGCCAACGCUCCGAGCUUGAAGAUUGGAGGACAACCCUUAUCCUCGCAACCACUCUCUUCGGAGUUGUCCUCGGCCGGGGGAUUACCAGCCUUGCGCCUGUCUUCUGAUAUGUCCCUGGCGGAUCAUGGUUCAGAGCCAUUCACUCCUGUCAGCUUUACCUCAAACGGUCAUCAUGACAAUGAGGAUGUUGAAAAGAUGAAGAAGAUGUUGGCAGAGCACCAGGAGGGUGCUAACGCCCUGACUCAGAAGUACACUGAACUCCAGGCCGAACAUGAGGAUAUUCUUGAUCUCGUUGAAAAGCUGAAGGCCGAGGCCGAAGCUCAACGGACCAAGAACAAUUCGCCUACUGCACCUGGCUUCAAGGUGAUCCGACGUAUGACCAGCCAAAAUCUGCUGUCCGGUGUUGACCGUGCCCAACGGUCAAUUAAUUCGCUGCGAAUACUGGCCAAUGAAGAAUUUGCCUCCAAGCCAGAAACUAUGCAGAGCUUCGAUAGCCACUUGGAUGCAACCAUGCACGAGCUGGCCGUCCGACUAGAACGUUUGCAGUCUCUGGAGGCCGAAAACCAGAACGUGAAGAAGGAGAUGGAGAUGAAGACUACCAUCAUCUCGGGUCUGACGCGUGAACGUUCUAGUAUGAGUGGUGCUACGUCAGUGGAUAUGGCUCUUGUGACACAACUUCGUGAUCAGGUUGUAAGCCAAGAGAACCAGCUCAGUGGUCUCCGAGCAGCUCACGAAGCCCGCGAAAAGCAGCUACUAUCUGAAAUCGAGACUCUCAACGGUCUUCUCCAGUCUCAGGAGGUCGCUACCAAGGCCCUGGAUGCUGGAUCUGAGGAGCAGAUCAAGAAGAUUGAUGCUUUGCAGGGAGAACUAACACAGUGGAAGGGAAAGCAUCAUGCUGCUCUAGAAUCCUUGCAGUCCUCAGAGGCUCAUCUCACAAUCACUCUAGCCGAGCUCGAGACUGCACUGGCUUCUGUUGAGGCUAUGCGCUCUGAAGGUGCCGGUAUCGUUGACCAGGAGCUGGAAAUUGAGCGAACCAAGCAACAGGAGCUUGUAAAUAUCUUGAAGAAGACCAUUGAGGAGCACAAGACUACUAUCGCAAAUAAAAAUCAGACUGUCUCUAACUUGGAGCAGUCGCUUUCUGCCGCCCAAGAGCAGCUGGCCGCUCAACUUGCCGAAAAGGAGUCUGGACGCGGCGUCAGCGAUUCCCACAUUCUUGAGCUGGAGCAGGAGAUCGCAUCCCACAAGUCUGCCAUCGACUCACACAAGGCCAAUCUGAAAUCCCUUCGGGACACCCACACCCGGGACUUGGCGGAGUUGGAAGAACAUGCCAAGGCGGCUGCUCAGGCUGACCUUCACUCUUAUCUUUCCGAUAAGGAUGCUCAGCAUGAUCAGGCGAUGGCCUCCUUGCAGAAGGAAAUUGCUGAGUCCCGCGAUGAACUGGUCAAGCUGCUCGCGGCUGUGUCAGUCGUGCUCAAUUCUGAUGUGACCGCUGACACAUUGACCAACCAAAUCCAAGAUGUCUUGGCCCAGAAGCAGCACUUCUCUGAGAAGUACACUGAAUUAAUUGGUAGCCAUGAGGAUCUGCGCAAGCAACUAGACACCGUCAACACACAGGGUGGUGAUCUUGAAGAGUUGUCAAAGAAGAGCGCCACUCAAGAUGCCAAGGUCAAUGAGCUGGCUCUUCUAGUUGCAACACUGGAGGAUUCUAUUCGCCAGAAAGAUGAGCAGAUCAAGAAGAAGGAGCUUCUGGUUGAGGAGAUUUCUGCCGAGAAGGAGAAGAGUGUACGCCUGGUCGAAGAGCUUGAGGAACAGAUCACGAGCAGCUUCGAUCAGCAUCACAACCGUCUGUCUGUCAUCCAACAAGAGCGUGACCAGGCGCUAGAGGAUGCCAAGGCUAGAAUUGUGAUUCUUGAUAAUGAGAUUGAGACGUACAAGGUGCGGAUUGAGCAACUCGAGCUGCAGCUUAAGAACAGCGGAACUCAAGAAGCUUCCCUUGACCGCACCAGCUCCAUGACAUCUAACCUCCGCAAGAGCGCCUCAGCUGCUUCUUUGCCUUCGCCCCCGCCUGCGAUUCCCCUACCUCCCCUCCCUACCAUUCCUCAGGCGAAUGGCACCGGCUCGCCUCCAAGCUCGCGCCAUGCUAGCAAGGAGCUUGUGAGUGCCCAGCUUGCUGAGGACCAAGAGGCCCGCAUCCGUACCAUCGAGAAGCACCUCUAUGCCGAGAAACAGCUCACUGCCACUCUCGAAGAGGCUCUUGGCGACCUCGAAGCCCAGAGUAGCAAGGUCAAGACUGACUGCGAGGCAUGGAAGAAGAAGGCCUGGCAGUUUGAGGAUGAGCUGACUACUCUACGCAAGGAGCGCAACUCUGCUCGACUUUCUCUCCAGGCUGUCGAAGAGGAGCGCAGUGCUCGCAAGGAAGCCGAAGCCGCACGUGCGCAGCUGGAAGAGCGGAUGAACGCCCUUAAUAAAAAGAAGAAGAAGAGUACCCUCAACUGCUUCUAA